AUGAGCCGGGGGGGGCGACAGGGGGGGGACAACGUCCCCUCGGAGCUGCUGGGGGAGCAGGAGAACCUGAGGAUCUUCGAGGUGCUGGGCAGGAAAUGCGUGACCCUGGUGACCGCCGUGGUCCAGCUGGUGGUGGCCGAGCCCGGGGGGGUCCCUGGGGGGGUCCCGGGGGGUCCCGGGGGGGUCCCGGGGGGCUCCUGGAGCCUCCGGGGCUGCGGCGUCGCCUGCCUGGUCCGGGACAGCCCCCGGCGCUCCUACUUCAUCCGCAUCUUCCGCCUGCCCGCCGGGGAGCUGUGGUGGGAGCAGGAGCUGCAGGGGGGGAUGGGCUACAAGACCCCCACCCCCUUUUUCCACACCUUUGUCAGCCACGUGAGUGGGCGUGGCUGGGGGGCGUGGCCAAGGGAGGGGUGUGGUGUGGGCGUGGCUAAAUUUGGGUGGGGUCAGUGGGUGGGUGUGGCUCUGGGUAAGUGGGCGUGGCCUGGCUGCCCACGGCCGCUCCUGAUUGGCUCAGGAGGGGCGGGGCUGAACUUCGCCUCUGAGGCCGAGGCUGCGACGUUCGAGGGCCGAGUCCAGGAGAGGCUGCGGCGGCGGCAGCAGCGGGCGGAGAAGCAGCCGCUGCCCCCCUCCCCCACCCCCCCGGCCAUGAGCGUCGGGGGAGCCUCCCCAGGACCCCCAACCCUGAGGGGCCCCCCCAUCCCGGCCGUGCCCAUCCCCAACCCCGACAUCACCCCCAGCCGGUACCGGGGGCUGCCCAGCCCCCGCGAGCACAAAAAGGGGGGGAGGGGGCGCAAGAAAAUCUCCAAGGCCGAUAUUGGGGUCCCCUCCGGCUUCAAGCACGUCAGUCACGUCGGGUGGGACCCCAGUGGUGCUGGCAGCUGGGGUCCCCAUGGGCUGGCCGCCCUGGACCCCGCCCUGCGCUCGCUCUUCGCCCAGGCCGGGGUCAGCGAGCGCCACUUGGCCGACGCCGAGACCUCGCGGCUGAUCCACGACUUCAUCGAGCGCCAGGGGGGGCUGCAGGCCGUGCGCGAGGAGAUGGGCAGGGCCGCCCCCUCCCCCCCCCGGGCCGCGGCAGCCCCGCCCCCCCCUCCCCCCGCCCCCCUCCCCCCUCCUCCGGCCGCUCCCGCUCGGGGCUCCCGGCCCCUCCCCCACCCCGCGCCGGCCCCCGCCCCUCCCCCUGCCCCGCCCCCUCCGCGAGGCCCCGCCCCCUCCCCCCGCGAGGCUCCGCCCCCCUCCGGAGCGGCCGCUCCUCCCCCUCCCCCUCCUCCGCCGCCCCCUCCCCCCUCCGGGGGGCCCCCCCCGCGACCCCCCCCGGGCCGGGGGGCGCUGCUGGACCAGAUCCGCCAGGGGGUGACGCUCAACAAGACCCCUGAGACCCCCGAGGUGGGCGCGGGUCCCGGCGCUGGGGGGCUCGUGGGGGCCCUGAUGGACGUGAUGCAGAAACGAAGCCGCGUCAUCCAUUCCUCGGAUGAAGGCACGGCCAGCGAGGAGGAGGAAGAUGAUGAUGAAUGGGACGAUUGAGACCCCUCCCCAUCCCCCUCUCCCCCCCCCGCUUCUAAGGACGCCCCCAGACCCAAAAUGUGCCCCCCCCCACCCCUCCCCCACCCCGUCUGUGCCCCUCCCCCAGCUCGGGGGGGGGAGGGGCCCCGGUUUUUCCUCCCCCCCCCCCCCCCCUUUUCCAUCCCAUCCCAAUUUCCCCCACCCCAACCCCCGCAGGUACCAAAUAAACGCAGG